GAAGGCGGGCUGAACGGAUAGCACGUUUAGACUGUAUCGUCAGAAAUUACCGCCUGGUCUCCUGAACUAACCGAAGCGUGAAAGGUCUAGUGGGUUCGUAUUUAUAAUCGUAAAUUUGCCGGAGACUGAAAUUGUUAUGGGUAGGACGUCUGUUUUGGCUAUAGUGAAUCCAUGACAGAUGUUUCAGCUGUGGCUAAACGAAAAAUCCACGAAAAACCCUAAAUCCAGACAAGACCUAUCUAAAGACCCAUAACACGUUUAAUAUAGAGAGCUAUAACGGCCAUGCCUUUGGAUCUGGGGAUGUACGAGAGUCGCGCGGACUACAAGUCCCAAAAACAAUGCCAAAAAACUUCGUUUGCGUUUUAUCAGGCUGUGCGGGACCUGUUACCGGUGUGGGUCCUGGAGGACAUGCGGACUAUGGAGGUGUUUCACUGGGAAGAGGACGGACGGGCGUGCGCGUUUUCCCCAUCAGAGGCUUUUCUCUACGCGCUCGUGCACGACCACCAGCAGUACGCACGCUACAUACUCAACAGAUUCUCAGUCCGCGCGCUGGAGAUGCCCAGCAAAAGUUUCUGCUGCUGUCAGGCAUCUACGACACCUCACCUCGCCAUAGCGGUCCGAUACAAUCGCGUUACCAUCCUCAAAAUGAUCAUGGACACCAUUAAAGACUUUACAGAGUGUGAGAGACAGAGUUAUCUCAAUCGCCACGGCUGUAUUCACAUGGACGGUAGCAAGACCGCGCUGCAUCUCGCGUGUGAUCUGGUGCGUCCUGAGUGUCUGAUACUGUUGCUAGGACACGGCGCGUGUCCUUGCGCAACAGACAUGGCAGGGAACUCCCCCUUGGACUGUUUACUCCGCCAGAUCUGCCAGAGUGAAUUUGACAUGCGGACGAAGCACAUCUGCCUUGGUUACCUCAUUUUAUUCAUGCCCAAACUUCGUUUCCAGAUGAAGGGACAGUUGCAGGACAAUGCUAGUCUUUGGAGGAGUCUCAUUGGAGACCAGGCGUUUCAGUGGCUCUCUGGAUCAUCCCCUCCUUCACUGUUCGUUCAGGCCAUGCAGAAGCUCAGCCAGUCCAUUCCCACUGACCAGCUGGACUCACUGCCGGACUUUCUGAAGCCCCUCGACUUCAGAUUGGAUCAAGUUUAAUAUAUGCACAACAGAUGAUGCAAUAAUGCACACUGUUUGACUCCUGUAAUAGUAUUGACAUUUUCAGGCGAUAAUGUAUGAGGGUAAAAAGCACUGUAAAUAUGUGAAAAGUUUGGUGUUGUACACUAUUGUUUUCACUGCCAAUGCAAUUUUGAAAGAAAUGUAAACUUAUUAAAUUAUAUAUUUUUUGCAACUAUGUUGUUCCCUUGAUUUUGUCUGUGCCAAAGCUUAAUGUUUCAGAUUUUCAUCAAGCAAAAAAAAAAAAAAAAAAAAAAAAACUUAGGGAUAGUUCACCCCAAAAUUUAAAUUCUCUCAUCAUUUACUCACCCUCAUGCCAUCCCAUAUGUUUAUGCCUUUCUUUCUUCUGCUGAACACAAAUUAAGAUUUUUAGAAGAAUAUCUCAGCUCUGUAGGGCUAUACAAUGCAAGUGAAUGGUGACCAGAUUUUUGAAGCUCCAAAAAUCACAUAAAUGCAGCAUAAAAGUAAUCCAUAAGACACGUGUUGAUAUUGAAGCAAAAACACAUGCGUCUAUUUAAAUCAAGCUGUUUAUUUUGCUGUUUCAGUGUGUAUUUGCUGGUAGUUUCUCA